UUGGACGGCGGGAGUGUAGACCGGAACGUGCAACAGAUCCCAGGAUUAAUAGAACUGAGUCUCCAGAUUUGUUUUUCUCGAGGGAGCAGAGUUGAAUUAGCCAGAUCAGGGGUACUUUGAGAAAGGUAUAAUUAGUUAAGAUGAGGUCCUACUGGCAUAGGCUGUGACUGGUGUUCCUAUAAGAAGAGAAGAGACACAUCGACACAAAGGGAGAAGGCCAUGUGAAGAUGGAGGCGGAGUAGGGUGAUGUGUCCACAAGCCAAGGAAUCCCAGGGAUUGUGGGCAAGGAUCAGAAAUUAAGAAGAGGCAAGGAACGGAUUCUCCCUCAGAGCCUCCGAAAAGGAACCAGUUCCGCUGACACCUUGAUUUCAGACUUCUAGCCUCCAGAACUGUGAGAAUAAGUUUCUCUUGUUUUCAGCUACCUAGUUUGUGGCAAUUUGUUGCAACAGCCCUGGGAAACUGCUACAGUAGGUGAGUCGGAAUAAAGGGAAGGGGACGAGAAACACCUCCAAGAAAGUCUUUCAAAACUGAAUGCCUGGGCUGCGCUGGCCUGGCCUGGCCUGGCUGAGGGGAGGUGGCGGGAGGGCGCUAUGGCGGAGGCUGGGCCACAGGCGCCGCCGCCCCCGGGCACCCCAAGCCGGCACGAGAAGAGUUUGGAACUUCUCACUACCAAGUUGGUGUCGCUUCUGCAGGAGGCAAAGGACGGCGUGCUUGACCUCAAGCUGGCAGCUGACACCCUAGCUGUUUGCCGGAAGUGGCGGAUUUAUGACAUUACUAAUGUGCUGGAAGGUAUCGGGCUGAUGGAGAAAAAAUCCAAGAAUAGCAUCCAGUAGAAGGGCGUGGGGCCUGGCUGCAAUACCCGGGAGAUUGCGGACAAGUUGACUGAGCUCAAGGCAGAGAUCGAGGAGCUGCAGCAGCGAGAGCAAGAACUAGACCAGCACAAGGUGUGGGUGCAGCAGACCAUCCGGAACAUCACAGAGGACGUGCAGAACAGCUGCUUGGCCUACGUGACUCAUGAGGACAUCUGCAGAUGCUUUGCUGGAGAUGCCAUCCAGGCCCCGUCGGGCACCAGCCUGGAGGUGCCCAUCCCAGAGAGCCUCAAUGGGCAGAAGAAGUACCAGAUUCACCUGAAGAGUGUAAGUGGCCCCAUCGAGGUGCUGCUGGUGAACAAGGAGGCAUGGAGCUCAACACCUGUGGUGGUGCCUAUGCCGCCACCCGAAGAUCUACUCCAGAGCCCACCUGCUGUCUCUCCCCCUCCACCUCUGCCCAAGCCUGCUCUGGCCCAGCCCCAGAAUGCCUCACGCCCAAGCAGUCCCCAGGUGACCACCCCCAACCCUGUUCCCGGCAGUACCGAAGCCCAGGGGGUGGCCAGUCCAGCAGCUGAGAUCAUAGUGAGUGGUGGCCCUGGAACUGAUAGCAAGGACAGUGGUGAGCUCAGCUCCCUCCCGCUGGGCCUGACAGCACUGGACACCCGGCCGCUGCAGUCCUCUGCCCUGUUGGACAGCAGCAGCAGCAACAGCAGUUCAUCCGGGCCCAACCCUUCUACCGCCUUUGAGCCCAUCAAGGCAGACCCCACAGGUGUUCUGGAGCUCCCCAAAGAGCUGUUAGAAAUGUUUGAUCCCACUCGAGAGUGCAUGAGCUCAGAGCUCUUGGAGGAGCUGAUGUCCUCAGAAGUGUUUGCACCCCUCCUCCUCCUUUCUCCACCCCCUGGAAACCAUGAUUACAUCUACAACCUGGAUGAGAGUGAAGGUGUCUGUGACCUCUUUGAUGUGCCUGUUCCCAACCUCUGAUUGACAGGGGUAUGCCCUUUGUGGCUGGGACACAGACUGUCUAACCUGGGGGCCGCCUGGGGACCUUCCCCCACCCCACCCCUACACAGCUUGAGAGCCGCAGACUCCUGGCUUCCCCAGCCUUCCCUCACUGUGCAGUUCUGGCCACAAGUCCCACUCCUGCACCAACACCUGUUCUGUGCUGGGA